AUGUUUGUUCACAUUGCGUUGAGCAUGUUGCUGGCCGUUUCGCCUACUGUGCGUGCGUCGCCAGGGGACAACCUGUUUGAGUUCGAGGACUGUUGCGAUGCGUGUGUCGUGCAGAGACGGUGUGACGGUGGUCAAUUGGGUGAAGACACGCCCAUGGUGAACGCGUACUCUGCAUACACUUUCAAGGAGUUGCCGGCGGUGUACUCUCGCUGGCUCGCGUGGGACUGUCACGCGGACUGCGACUACCAGUGCCAGCAGAUUAUCACGGGGGAGCGUGCCGAACAGAAGCUAGAACUGUACCAAUUUCAUGGGAAAUGGCCCUUUGUGAGGGCUUUCGGGAUGCAGGAGUUCUUUUCUACAGUGUUCAGUGUUGCGAACUUCGUCCCUCACUACUGGGGAUACAAGCGGAUAGCGGGGAAGCUGGCACGACAGGGCCAGACGACCCCAGCGAGGACGAACGCGCUGCAGAAUUACCUUGCGGUUGCGGUUGCCGGGAUGUGCGCGUGGAGUGCGAGCACUGUGUUCCACUUCCGGGACCUGCUCGUCACAGAGAAGCUGGACUACUUCUUCGCUGGACUCACGGUGCUCAGCGCAUUCCACGCAUUGUUCAUCCGGAUGACAGGGAUGUAUGCGCUGCCCAAGCUGCGCACCUGGUUUACGCGGUCCGUCGUGGCCAUCUUCGCUUUGCACUUGCUCCGCCUGUACAUCGACUGGUCGUACACGUACAACAUGCGCUUCAACGUCUUCUUCGGGUGCCUACAGUACUUGUUAAUUCUGCAACUGUCGUACCAGAACUAUAAGCUACUGCGGUCCCGCCGCAGUGGGCGCGGUCACAGCCCUCAGGGCGCGCUGCUAUGGCACCUGUGCGUGGUACCUGUGUUGCUCGUCGUCUCAACCUCGAUGGCGAUGUCCCUUGAGCUGUUCGACUUCUUCAGCUACAGGUUCCAAAUUGACGCACAUGCGCUGUGGCACCUGGCAACAGUCGUGCCCUCAUACUACCUGUACGAGUUCCUUCUACGGGACUACGACUACAUCGUGGAACCCAAGACGCAGCGCACCCUUCUUUGA